UGCUUGCAAGACCUUGGUUUCAAGAGGAAAAGAAAUUAUAAGAUGGCAUCUUCUUAUGUUCCAUGUCAAGUUCAUUGCUCCUUUGGAAAGCCUUCCAUCUCACCCAACUUUGAUCUCUUCAAGACAACUGAUCUCUCCUCUUCGUUCAAGCCAUUGGUAAGAGAAUUGCAACAACUUGCUUUCCGGAUUGAUGUCCCGAAAGCUGUCAAGAACGUUUCGAUCAAGUUGCUUGAUGCAUUUGUAGAUUCUGUAUUCGAGUUUGUUGACCACCCAUUGCACCCAUCUCAGAGUAACUUUGCUCCAGUGGAUGAAUUGAAAGAAGCUGCUCUUGUCACCAACAUCCAAGGCCAAAUUCCAAGUGUUUUUCCCGAGGGCGUCUACAUACGAAAUGGACCAAAUCCUCUUUUUGGGGGACUAAAGUCAACCAAAUCUUUAUUUGGACGGUCGAGUCCUAUGUGGGUGGAAGGAGAAGGAAUGCUUCAUGCCUUGUAUUUCAGUAAAGGCAUUGAUGGGAGCUGGACUGUCGUUUAUAAUAACAGACACGUUGAAACUGAGACCUUCAAGCUAGAAAAACAGCGCAACAAACCCACGUUUCUUCCUAUCGUGGAAGGAGAUCCGCUAGCUGUUUUGUCUGCCUAUUUGCUUAAUUUGCUGCGGUUUGGCAAACCCUAUAAAAAUACAAGCAAUACCAAUGUUUUUGAGCAUUCCGGGAAAUUCUACUCAGCUGUAGAAAGUGACUCGCCUCAAGAGAUUGACAUCUUUACACUCGAAGCUUUAGGUAAUUGGGAUGUCAGUGGAGCAUGGAACAGACCAUUUACAGCACAUCCGAAGAGAGCUCCAGGCACCGGGGAGCUGGUUACCAUGGGGAUUCAAGGAACUAAACCUUUUGUUGAAGUGGGAGUAAUUUCAUCUGAUGGAAAGAAAUUAGUCCACAGGGUGGAUCUUAAACUCGAUAGGUGCCCACUUUGCCACGAAAUUGGAGUUACAAAGAGGUAUAAUGUGUUCAUGGACUGCCCACUAACUGUAGAUAUAGCUAGACUUAUUCAUGGUGGCCAGUUAGUAAAAUAUGAAAGGGAAGGAUAUGCAAGAAUUGGCAUAAUGCCUCGCUAUGGGGAUGCAGAUUCAAUCCAGUGGUUUGAAGUAAAACCAAAUUGCACUUUCCACAUUAUCAAUUGCUUUGAGGAUGGUGAUGAGGUUGUAGUGUGGGGCUCUAGAGCUCUUGCAUCAGUCAUACCCGGACCUGAUCCGGAUUCAAAGGAAUUUGAGUGGUUUCCGCCAAAAUAUAAGCCUGGUGCACCAGUUGAAGAGAGUGUUGAUUCCAUUUCAGAAGACCAAUUAUUGUUUCAUCGUCCGUACGAGUGGAGAUUGCACAUGAGAACUGGAGAUGUGAAAGAGAGAAAUCUGACAGGGCCUAAUGAAUUCCCCAUGGAGUUUCCUAUGAUCAAUGGAGCUUUUGCAGGUGUUAAAAAUAAAUAUGGGUACACCCAAGUAUGUCACUGCGGCUCAAGUUCUGCCACAGGCAUGGGGAAAUACGGGGGCCUCGCCAAACUCUACUUUGAAGAGCAAAACACUGGGACUUCUAUGAGCGGGAAGCAAGAAGAAGGGUUGAUCAAAGUGGAAUAUCAUAUGUUUGAGGAGAACACUUAUUGUACUGGAGCUGCCUUCGUCCCUAAAGGAGGAGGUGCUGAAGAAGAUGACGGUUGGAUCAUCACAUUUCUUCACCAUGAAGAUACUAACAUAUCUCAGGCUUAUAUAAUUGACACAAGAAACUUCUCCAGCCAGGCAGUUGCCAAACUUACAUUACCAUGCAGAGUACCGGAUGGUUUUCAUGGAGCUUUCAUGCCAAUCCAACUGCACAAGAGAAUAACGAAGACGACUUGUUAAUAUCGAACAUUCCAAGCUAUGUCUCUCUUCAUUAAUUAUUCAUUGUGGCAGUACUAUGUGGCUUGAGCUGAUGUAAAUCAAUCAAUUAAUAGGAGCCGUAGCUUUCAAGCAUAAAGAGGUGUGAUGUUUAAAUUUAGUCCUUACCAGGCUGUUUAAUCGAAAACUUUUGUCUGUUUUCGGGCAAGUUGUUGCUCAGUGAUAUUAAGGAGAUUUGAGCUAAUUAACUCCUCAAACAUGGCAUA